CUCUGAUAUUGACUUUAAAUGAUGAAGUAAGUGACCGGGCGCGGCAGGUAAUUCAUGAGCGACUCGGAUAGCAAUGCAUUCUUAUCGAAUCAGUGAGUACAUGAGUAUCUACGACGUCGACACGUCAUCUGCGGCUUCGACCCAUGAAGGAUCGCUCACGACUCGUGGGUGGCACGACCUAGUACAUGAACCACUACAUCGCUCGGUGGAGCUGCUGGCAGGUCGGAGACUCACCUUAUACCUCGUUCGCCGACGUCGCAACCACCGUGAUCCCGACGACUACGACAGCACUAAGAACUACAAGUGUGUGCAUGGGAGAGACAGAUGAUAAUGUACAGUUCGUUGUCUUUCCAACCUGCAAACCAAUGACUGCACGGCCACCGGGUGUGCGCGUACAGCGCGCGCACCGUGCCCGCGGCCCGCCUCCCGGACCACGGUCGGAACGUGUCUCGGCGGUGCAACACCGUGUUCACGACGAGUUGCACAAUGGAGCACAUCAUACCCUUGCCAGGUGCAACACCGCACUCCAUCUUCAGCUCGAUGUGCGCGUGACGCGCGUUCGAGAGGCGGAAAUGAACCUUAUCAAUGAGCCACAGCCCAUGUCCCUCGGCGAGUUGCUACACCGUGACAAGGCCGCGUUAGUGCUUGACGGUGUUGUACUCCGAGAUCAAUUAGUACAUCCGAGUCGCCGUCUCUUGCGGACGUACUACUCAAGCAAUAUGCCUAGCACACAGCACGUUACACUGGGCUCAGGCUGCCAAGCCGUGACACUGAGACUAGAAAUGUCUGAGUCCAGUUGGCCAUGCGACGAAGUCCGCGCAUCAAUAACGUCGCCAAAGGGCAGGGUGCGAUGGAGCGACGGUAGUAUGUAGCCGCAACCAUAUGUAACGCAAGCCUUGUGCUUGUGUCUUUGUGACAAGCAGGGUGGAUGACGAUCAACUUGACGACAGGACUCACCCUUCAGAUUGAGUGCCGCGUGAAUGUGCUUCCGCACCCUGGGACGGGACACACAAAGUUCGCCGGCUGCUUCCUCCGCUUCUGGCUCGCAUCCGCGGUACUCGGCGCCGUCACAUUCACCUUCGCGAUGUGCACGGGC